AGGAGUCAUUCCCUAUUAUGUAAAGGGAGAUGCUGUGCCUUUGGUCCCUGCCUGCGGCGCUGGCAGCUCAUCUGCCCAGCGGGCCGGGCAGCAGCUGAGCUCUUCUUCCCCAGCCUCCAGCUCCCUGACUUUAACUUGUCCUACACAAGCUGGGGCAGUAGCUUCUGCCCUACACGCCUGUUCCCAGGACUAAGGAGAUGAUGGCUGGAGGCAGCCCUGGGGCACUGAAGCAGCCUGGAGCAGAUGCUUAGCCCGGCGCUUCCCAUACCUUCUGGAAGGUCCAGAGGAAGAAAUGACCAUGUAGAUUCUACAGCGUGAGUGCAGCAUAAUGGGCAAUGGUGAAUGGAGUGGAGCUGGUCUGCAGCCCUGAAAGCAGCCGUUCUGUGGACCACUAGCCAGCCAGGGACACCUUCCACGCCAGAGGCACUCUCCACAUCACUCACCAGACACGCACUGGAUUCUUUUUAAUUCUUAGGUUGGAAUUCAAGGUUCCUUCAAUUUUUAAACAGUUUUAAGAUUGUAUCGACUUAUAACGAGUGGAGCAAUAUAAUCAGCAACAAUGGGUGACAUGACAAAUAGCGAUUUUUAUUCCAAGAACCAAAGAAAUGAGGCCAACCAUGCAGGAGAGUUUGGGUGCACGCUGCAAGAACUGCGCUCCCUCAUGGAACUUCGAGGAACAGAAGCAGUAGUAAAAAUUAAAGAGACGUAUGGGGAGACAGAGGGGCUCUGCAGACACCUGAAGACAUCACCAACAGAAGGAUUAGCUGGGACUGCUGCAGACCUAGAAAAAAGAAAGCUUAUAUUUGGAAAAAAUUUUAUACCUCCAAAGAAGCCAAAAACAUUCAUACAGCUAGUCUGGGAAGCGUUGCAGGACGUGACUCUUAUAAUCUUGGAAAUUGCAGCCAUCAUAUCUUUGGGGCUUUCGUUUUAUCAGCCACCUGGAGAAGGGAAUGAAGGAUGUGGUACUGCGACAGGAGGAGCUGAAGAUGAAGGUGAGGCUGAAGCUGGCUGGAUUGAAGGUGCUGCCAUCCUACUCUCUGUUAUCUGUGUUGUCCUUGUCACUGCCUUCAAUGACUGGAGCAAGGAGAAGCAGUUUCGUGGGCUUCAAAGUCGUAUUGAGCAGGAACAGAAAUUUACUGUUGUCCGAGGUGGACAGGUUAUCCAGAUCCCAGUGGCAGAGAUAGUAGUUGGUGACAUUGCACAGGUGAAAUAUGGUGAUCUUCUACCUGCCGAUGGGAUAUUUAUUCAAGGAAAUGAUCUUAAAAUUGAUGAAAGCUCUUUAACUGGAGAGUCUGACCAAGUCCGCAAAUCUGUUGACAAGGACCCAAUGCUACUGUCAGGUACUCAUGUUAUGGAAGGCUCUGGACGGAUGCUUGUAACUGCUGUGGGAGUGAAUUCUCAGACAGGCAUCAUCUUUACUCUGCUAGGAGCUGGAGGAGAAGAAGAAGAAAAGAAAGAUAAGAAAGUAGAUUCUUCCCAUCCCUCCUCCCACCCUCCUUCAGCUACAGAUGGUGCAGCAGGUGCAAAUGCCACAGAUAAUGCAAAUGCCAGCUUAGUCAAUGGCAAAAUGCAGGAUGGGAAUAUGGAGAACAGCCAGAACAAAGCCAAGCAGCAGGAUGGGGCUGCUGCCAUGGAGAUGCAGCCACUGAAGAGUGCAGAAGGGGGAGAGGGAGAUGACAAGGACAAGAAGAAAUCCAACAUGCACAAGAAGGAAAAAUCUGUUCUUCAGGGAAAGCUGACCAAGCUGGCAGUCCAGAUUGGCAAAGCAGGUUUGGUGAUGUCUGCUAUCACUGUAAUAAUUUUGGUACUAUAUUUUGCCAUUGACACCUUUGUGGUCAACAAGAAACAGUGGUUGCCUGAGUGCACUCCUAUCUAUGUUCAGUAUUUUGUGAAAUUCUUCAUUAUUGGUGUUACUGUACUUGUGGUUGCUGUUCCUGAGGGACUUCCACUUGCUGUCACUAUUUCUCUGGCUUAUUCUGUGAAGAAAAUGAUGAAGGACAACAAUCUGGUCCGCCACUUAGAUGCUUGUGAAACAAUGGGUAAUGCUACAGCCAUCUGCUCUGACAAAACAGGGACACUCACCACCAACAGGAUGACAGUUGUCCAGGCCUACGUUGGGGAUGUCCACUACAAAGAGAUCCCUGACCCAGACUCUGUACCUGCCAAAACCCUGGAGUUGCUGGUUAAUGCCAUUGCUAUCAACAGUGCUUAUACUACAAAAAUUCUGCCACCGGAAAAAGAGGGUGGCCUGCCUCGCCAGGUGGGCAAUAAAACGGAGUGCGGCCUCUUGGGGUUUGUCCUGGAUUUGAAGCAGGAUUAUGAGCCUGUUCGGAGCCUCAUCCCUGAGGAGAAACUCUAUAAAGUUUAUACGUUCAACUCUGUCAGAAAGUCAAUGAGUACUGUCAUUAAAAUGCCAGAUGGGAGUUUCCGGAUGUACAGCAAAGGAGCUUCUGAAAUCGUCCUGAAGAAAUGUUCUAGGAUCCUUAAUGCAGCUGGUGAACCCCGUGUCUUCAGACCACGUGACCGAGAUGAAAUGGUGAAGAAGGUGAUAGAACCCAUGGCCUGUGAUGGCCUGAGAACCAUCUGUGUUGCUUUCCGAGACUUCAGCAGCAGCCCAGAGCCUGACUGGGACAAUGAGAAUGACAUUUUAUCUGACCUGACUUGCAUCUGUGUUGUUGGCAUUGAAGACCCAGUAAGGCCAGAGGUCCCAGAAGCCAUAAGAAAGUGCCAGCGAGCUGGAAUUACAGUCCGCAUGGUCACUGGAGACAACAUCAACACAGCACGUGCCAUUGCCAUAAAGUGUGGGAUCAUUCAUCCAGGAGAAGACUUCCUCUGCCUUGAAGGGAAAGAGUUUAACAGACGGAUCCGAAAUGAGAAGGGAGAGAUUGAGCAAGAGCGGAUUGACAAAAUCUGGCCAAAGCUUCGAGUGCUCGCCCGCUCGUCGCCCACCGACAAGCACACCUUGGUGAAAGGUAUUAUUGACAGCACACAGGUGGAACAGAGGCAGGUCGUGGCUGUGACUGGUGAUGGCACCAAUGAUGGACCAGCACUUAAAAAAGCUGAUGUUGGCUUUGCAAUGGGUAUUGCUGGAACUGAUGUUGCAAAGGAAGCCUCAGAUAUCAUCCUUACAGAUGACAACUUCAGCAGCAUUGUGAAGGCUGUCAUGUGGGGCAGGAAUGUCUAUGACAGUAUCUCCAAGUUCCUGCAGUUCCAGCUCACUGUUAACAUUGUGGCUGUGAUCGUGGCUUUCACUGGAGCAUGCAUCACCCAGGACUCUCCUCUAAAAGCUGUACAGAUGUUGUGGGUCAACCUCAUUAUGGACACCUUUGCCUCCCUUGCUUUGGCCACUGAGCCCCCAACAGAGGCUCUGCUGCUAAGGAAGCCAUAUGGCAGGAACAAGCCCCUCAUCUCCCGUACCAUGAUGAAGAACAUUCUGGGCCAUGCUGUUUAUCAGCUUACUCUUAUCUUCACACUUCUUUUUGUCGGUGAGAAAAUGUUUAAGAUUGACAGUGGGAGGAAUGCUCCACUUCACUCUCCUCCUUCAGAGCAUUACACCAUUAUCUUCAACACCUUUGUCAUGAUGCAGCUUUUCAAUGAAAUCAACGCACGAAAAAUCCAUGGUGAAAGAAAUGUCUUUGAUGGCAUCUUCAGAAAUCCUAUUUUUUGCACUAUUGUACUGGGUACCUUUGCUAUUCAGAUAGUAAUUGUCCAGUUUGGAGGAAAACCAUUUAGCUGUUCCCCCCUGCAGCUUGACCAGUGGAUGUGGUGUGUAUUUAUUGGAUUAGGAGAACUUGUGUGGGGUCAGGUCAUUGCAACCAUCCCAACAAGUAGGCUAAAGUUUUUAAAGGAGGCAGGGAGGCUCACUGAGAAAGAGGAGGCCCCUGAGGAAGAACUCAAUGAAGAUGUGGAAGAAAUUGAUCAUGCAGAGAGAGAACUUCGACGUGGACAAAUUCUCUGGUUCAGAGGGCUCAACAGAAUCCAGACCCAGAUCCGCGUCGUGAAGGCAUUCCGUAGCUCUCUCUAUGAAGGUUUAGAAAAACCAGAAUCUAGAACCUCUAUUCACAACUUUAUGACUCAUCCUGAAUUUAGGAUAGAAGAUUCCCAGCCCCACAUCCCACUCAUUGAUGACACAGACCUAGAAGAAGACUCUGCUCUCAAGAAAAACUCGAGUCCACCGUCUUCGCUGAACAAGAACAACAGUGCUAUCGACAGUGGAAUCAAUCUUACAACUGAUACAAGUAAAUCAGCUACCUCUUCUAGUCCAGGAAGCCCAAUACAUAGCCUGGAGACAUCACUUUAGCUGAAAAGGUCACUGCAAAAAAAAAAAUAAAUUCAAAUAAAAUCAAAUAAAAAAAAACCCACAGCAACCGAAAUAUAUAAAUAUAUAUAUAUAUUAAAAACAUUGCUGGCUGAAAAGCUGUUUGAACUCUUAUUCACUCUGAGACAAGCGAAUGAAUUGUUGAUCACAAUGGUUUUGGGGAAAGAAUGAAUGGCUGAUUUACAUACACCCCCUCCCCCCUUGUUCCCUUUCAGAAAAACAAAAAACAAACAAAAAAAUCCUCCUGCAUGAAUGUACUGUACACUUCUGGCCCUCUCUCUCUUUUUUGUUUCUUUUUAUUUCCUUUUCUUUUUUUCCUCCUUAAGCAGGAACUGCAGAGGACUUCUUUCUGAGGCUAUUUAUCCAAUUCACUGGUCUGUGAGUUUUUUGAAAUGCUUGUGUGGCAUGGACUCAAUUGUAUAGAUUAAUUUAAAUAACUUUUUUGAAGUUGCAAAGCUUAACUUGCACAGUAGAUUUGCACCAGUUGGACAGAGGAACUUAAACAUUUAUGAGACUAUAUAUAGAGAUAUAUACAUAUAAGUAUAUACAGAAUUAAUUAUAUAUAUGUAUAUAUCUAUCUAUAUAUAUAUAGUUAUAUAUAUAUAAAGUUUCUUUGUUGGCAUGUUGCCUUGUUUCUGCUCAAAUUGCUCUGACUAUUUUAACUUAUUUAUGUCCUAAAAAAGAAUGUAAUUUGUUUACAAACCUGUAGAUAAUAUCCUUAACUAUUUGUAGGGUUAAGAAAGCACUUCCUGCCGAAGUAGUAUAAAAAUGGCUCAGCUCAGCUCAUUGAAAACGUCUGUAAUAUUGCACCCUGGAUAUUUUAUUACAACCGUGUUCUGAUUUCUGCCUGAUUUUAUUUUUUGUUAAAUAAUGUAGAUAACUGCUAGUAAAUAACAAAAGAAGCCAAAAUAUAACACAUUGGAUGUAGCAUUGUGAUCCUAUAUACAGGGAGGUAAAACAGGCUUCCUUUGUUUCAAAUAAAAAUCAAAAUUAUCAGGUUCUCUUCUUUUUUUUUCCCCCCCUCUCUGAUACUCUGCUUGGAUUUGUUUUGGUGCAGCACGUAAUACUGGAGGCUAUUUCAUUCUUUAAACAUACGGCAAUGGCUUCCAAAAACAUUUCUAGAGAGGUAUUAUAUGAAACUGAGUUGAGUUUAUAAAUAUAAUUUAAAAUAAGUUAUAUUUGGUUUGUCUAUAUGGAGAUAAAACUAAUGUUAAAAUAUUGUGAGAUAUUGUGUUAAUCCUUUUCAGUUAGUAAUGUAGGCAUUUAUUUCCUCAUUACUUGCAAAGUAUGGGCUGUUGGCAUUUUGGAUGAAAAAAUCACUGUAGGUUGUUACUUUGAUUUAUCAUUUUUUUUUUAAGAAAAAUACAAUUUCUGCACUAUCAGGUCUGAACGAAACUAUUAAUUGUAUAUUGAGAUGUGCUUUGUGUGUUUGUUUUUUGGUUUGUUUGUUGUUUUUUUUUAACCAAGCUUGUCUUCCUGUAGUCACAAGGUGUACUGUAACACAGAAAUACAUUAUUUUACCUUGAGUUUUCUCCAAAGAAAACCGUUUUGAAAACCUGCAGUAUGGAGGGUGAAAAAUAAUUUUCAAGAUGGUAACAGCCCUGAUAACUUCAAAUUUAUGAGCUUAUAUAAUUGCUAUGUCAACCACUUGAAUGCUAAGCACUUUGUGGAUCACAGAUUUUUCAUAAGUAAUUUUUGUAUUUAAUAUAAAGUUUGCUUGGAGACUUUUCAGCAUAUGAUCUUUUCCAUAAUUGUACAGUGCAAAAGACAUUUUGAAUUACACAAUUGAUUCUGCCAGGUGUGUUGAAAAACACUCUCAAACUAGCUUGAUAAAUUGAUUUCUUAAGGUAUUACUGGUUGUGUUAAAAGUUGGCUCAUAAAGUGGUGCAUCUCUGCAGUCACAAGAACUAAACCAAGCCAGAACUCUCCAAAACAAGAUUAGACUCAUGGCCAAACUGCAGACUGAACUGACCAAAAUGUUUUCAGGGUGCAUCAAGACCAUUCAGCCAGGUAAAGCUCUAAUCAGCUUGAAUUGCCAGCUUCUGGACUUUGGUGUAGAAGCUUGAAUGUUUUUGGCUCAAAGUCUUAGUUUGCUCUCUGAUCCAAACUGCUCACUGACCACCAGAACAGGUCUUGGAAGGCUUGUACAACUCUCUCUUCAACAGAUAGCGUGACCCGUUUCUUAACAGUAAAAAAGCUAGCAUGAAAACAUACUUAUUUUAGCUAACUCUUAGCAACAAAGUGAUUGAAACUCAGUCAGGAUUGUUCGCUUUGUAAAUAUGGUGAUUAACCUUUGUAUAACAUGUAUUGGGUUUCUAUGGCCUAUUUGGGAUAUCGUAUUCAGAAGAAAAAAAAGUGUUAUCUAUUUCCAGGGAAGCCUCUAGCUUUGGACUUGAACAUCUACAGAUGCUAUUAAUACUGGAACGAUUUAUUUUCAGCAUCUUAACACUGACUCUUUGCCUUUUUCUUUUCAAACACUCCUCAUCAUAUUUCUUGGUUUAAUUUCUUUUACAUUUUCUGUAGGAGUACUCCUCCCUAAGGUACCGUUUGCAGACUUGAAAACUGUUAUGAAAAUGAACACUGCAUUCUGUGUAUAUAUAGUACAACAUAUAUAAACUGAGAUGCAUAGAAAACUUGGGCUUUUGUGAGCAGAGACUGUGCUUUAUGUAUAUGAUAAAUGAUAGACUUUUUUUUUUUUUAAAGCAGAAUAGUUAAUGACCUUUCAACUACAAGUCGUGCAUCACAAUUCCUUUCUUUUAUUGCUUGACCUCUCUGUGAUGGGAACAAUGGAUCAAAAACCAAAAUGAUCAGUUUGUUAAAAUUCCCUGCAAUAUAUAAAUGCUCGCUCUCUACGUACUGUACUUAGCAGCAUGAGAUUUGUGGACAACAAUACAGUGGUACAUUGGCAAUCCAUCCCACUAGGGGUUAUUAAUAUAUGUUCAUUCAUCUGUUUUUAUGAAUUUUUUUAUCUAGACAAUAAUUGUAAAUAAAGAACUUACUCUGUCUGUUCAUUUAAUACUAUGCAAAAGGUUAUGCUUUCUAUUGUUAUUCUUAUUCCUACAGUGUGAUGCUGGAAUGUUUGUGGUUUCAAAAAAAAAAAAAAGACAAAAAAAAAAAAGACAAAAGUAAGUAAAAUAUGUGAUGUAAAUUAUUUUAUAGUUUGAAACAAAAUUAUAAAGUUUUACUCUUGCUGCUUUCUGUCUAAUAGAUCUCUUUUGGCAGGAGCACAAGUGGAAAAUUUAAAGAAAUAAAUUCACAAAGCAGCAUGAACAAUAA